AUGAAUAGUAGUGUCGUCGUUGAAACGAAUGUGAUGUUUCCUGCGGUGACCGUGUGUAACCUAAGUCCGCUCCCCCGCUCUCCUGCACUGGCUGACCAUCCCCUGUGGGCUCCGUUCAUGGAUAUUGUAGACUGUUAUUCUGGGAAAGGCUCUUUGCCAAGAUGUGAAGGAAUGGAGGACGAACGACUUAAGAGGGACGUAAAGACAACGGAAGAAAAUAAAAUCAACUUAAUACACAACCAAGAGGAGACAAGGAAGAAGGAAGCCUCUUCUAAAUUGAGUCCACGCCAUCGCGCAAGAGCUUUAGAUAACCGUGUACAGACCACACCCAGGUCUCCCCGGCCCCUACGACCGAAAAGGUCCUUUGGAACAGCGCAACCCCGGGAAUGUCUGCCAGGGAUGUUCAGGUGCAACGACGGCAGGUGCAUUCACUCCCGUCGGGUUUGUGAUGGUGAAGGCGACUGCCGUGACAAGGAAGACGAGCAAACAUGCUGUGGGUGUCCAGAAUACCACGUCGGCUGCAGAGAUCAGUGCUAUCCCGAUUUCAAGCGAUGUGACUAUUGCGAAGAAACUGGCUGCGACGAUGUGACCCCCCCUUGCAAAGAGGGGUAUUUCCAGUGCUCGGAAGGGAAGUGCAUCAGUAACCAUUUCGUAUGCGAUGGAUUCCAAGACUGCAUUUGGUAUGGAGAAGACGAGAAAAACUGCUCCACGUGUAAGGAAGGGUUUCUCUGCCAGACGGGAGAAUGUCUGCCUCACUACUCGCGCUGUGACGUAAGCAAGCAAUGCCCUGGCGGAGAAGACGAGAGUCAGUGCGACACGUGUGAAGGAGGUGUUCUCUGCCCAUCGCUCAAUUGCAUUGAAAUGAAAUAUCGAUGCAAAGUUAUCGAGAUAUGUGGCGACAUGAAUUGGUGCGUGACUUGUGGCGACGGAUACGAGUGCAGGACAGGCGAGUGCAUUCCUUCGUACCAACGAUGCGACGCCGUGGCAGACUGUCCUGAGGGAGACGAUGAAAUAGGAUGCGACUCUUGUAAAGACGGGUUACUCUGCAACACCGGGAAAUGUCUACCCUUCUACCUGGUGUGCAAUGCAGAGGCAGAUUGUCCCGGUGGAGAGGACGAGCUGGCGUGUGAGAGGUGCCUCAACGGCUUCCUGUGCCAGACGGGCGAGUGCCUUCCCUCCGGCGUCCGAUGCAACGGGACUCGGCAGUGCCCGGGCGGAGAAGACGAGGAAGGAUGUGAUUGCAAGGACGGCUUCCUCUGCAACUCGGGGGCGUGUCUUGAGGUCUCUGCCUUUUGCAACGGAGCGUCUGACUGCCCGGGAGGCGAGGACGAGGCCAACUGCGACACAUGCAGCGAGGGGUUCCUGUGCCGUUCGGGGGAAUGCCUUCACUCCGGACGGCGGUGCGACACAAGAAGGGAGUGCCAGGAUGACGGAGAUGAGCUGAGUUGUGCGACGUGCAAAGGGGGGUUCCUCUGCGCGACAGGUGAAUGCUUUCCUAUGUCCUACCGGUGUGACUUAGGUGACGACUGCCCCGGGGGAGAAGACGAGGAAGGCUGCGAGGAAUGCCAGGGACGUUUCUUCUGCAUGACAGGUUCAUGCAUUGAUCCGUCAGCUGUUUGCAACAACGUUACGGACUGCCCAGGAGGAGAAGACGAAUCGGAUUGCGGUAUGUGGCAAUGA